AUGGAAGAUAAAUCUUACGCAACCUUUCACAAGAGAAAAAAAACAAGAGCGAAUGCAAAAGUAAGCAGAGAAAAAAUUAAGAAGAACUUUUUAAGAAAUGAAAAAUUCGUCCGAGUUUCAAGUAUAAGCAAAAGUUCAACGAAGAAAACAUUUUUACAUACCUUGUUCAAAAGCUUUAUCAAGCCAUACAAUGAGAAGAACACAGCGUUUUACUCCAUUUUGUGUAUAAUUAAUAACAUCUACAAAUGCCACUACUUUUCGAAGCACCGCUGCUUGAUUUGCAAGCCACUGCACGAAAGGAGCGCGUCCGUUUUGCAGGGUGGAGGUGGUUACUAUGAUGGGUGUGAUGGGGAGGACAGCGCGUCUGCGUCUGGCAGGGGUUCCCUCACCGCGUGCACCAGCAUGUCCUCCAUCACUUCCACCACCGCGUCCAGCACUGCCACCGUCACCUUCCCCUAUGACAUAUACUACAACUUGCGAAAAAUCAACUUGAUUGAGUCUGGAAAACUGAAGAGCAGUGGGAGCCGCGGCACAUCAGAAGGGAGUCGCGAAGCGGGUGAAGCAGCGGGGACCCACUGCGUGCGGGAGAAGGAAUGUUCAGAGGCAGAACCGAACACAGGGUUGUUACAGUUGGACCCAGAGAAAAGGAAAAUAGGGGAGGGUGGAAAUGAAAGCGAAAGUGAGGCCAAAAAUGGGGCCGCACGUACAGUGACCACAGGGGUAGUUAAUGCCCCCUUUGGAGAAAAAAACGCACGCGAAUGCCCCCACCCAGAGAACAAAGCCAAUCAACAAAUGGAUACAGCAAAAACCAAUGCCUUAAAUAACAGGCCAAGAUCAAGCGCAGGGGUGGUGAGGAAAAACGUUUCCGUUACCGAUAAGGAAGUGUCCCCAAUCUGUGGACCAAUUCAAAAUUUUAUAAGUCAAAAGUUAAACCUUACAAAUGUGCAGCACUACUACUUCCUCUCACACGGCAAGGAACAGUUUGAAGAUUUGUACAAUUUGGGGGUGUUCGAAAAGAUAAAUAUAUUCGACAAAAUUUUACUGGACUUAAACCAAACUGAAAUACACCCUAAUGUGUUAAGGACGGGAAUUUUUUUUAACAAAUAUUUGAAUACGACCCACAAUGACAGGAACGUAGAUUUGCUCACAGCUCUCAAGUCUUUUAUUAAAGACUACUCUCUCCCUCCCUACGAACCCAUUAACAGACACAUGAAAGUUGUGAUUGACAAAGAAAUAAAUUACAUCAUAAUGUGCAAAAAGCAUAGCAUCAGCAUGGGGGAAGUUAUUAGGUGGUUUAAAAAUAUGAUUACGGAACAUAUAGGAAAAAAUAUCCUUGAGAAGACGAGGGUAAUAAUUAUGAACAAUAUUAAUAAUUACAUAAGAACCAAAAUUGUCAUGCCUUCGAUAUACAUUUCUAACUAUGUAGCAGAGCACAUCAUUGCCCACAACGAUAUUUUGCUAAUUUACACCUUUGAUUAUGAUAUAUAUUUGUCCAUAGUCAAGGCGAAGAGAAGUGGGAAAAGGUUCGAAAUUGUUUUAGUUGACUCAGAACCUUAUAAAAAUUCAUAUGAUAUUAAAUUGUAUACAAAACUAGGGAUCCCAGUUACGUACACAUUAAUUGGCGCUUUAUUUUACAACAUAAAAAAUUGCACCAAAGUCUUGCUAGGGAUUGAUGCUAUUAUACAUAAUAGUGUUUAUGCCUAUGUGGGUACGAGCAUUAUAUGCAUGAUGGCUCACCUUAGUAAUGUGCAGGUCUAUAUAGCUUGUGAAACGUACAAAAUCAGUAACAAAAUUAUUAUUGAUAGUUUUAGCAUAAAUAAUAUUAAUAAUAACUUGGACAUUUAUAAUUAUAUAUACAUGCACCACCAUCCCCACCACAGACACCAUAGUCACUACGACCACUACCGACAUCAGCAGAGGCAACAGCAACAGCAGCAACAGCAGCAACAGCAGCAACAGCAGCAUGUGGCCUCCCAAAAAAGUACCACCCAAAAAAAUAAAUGCAUAGAUCACGGGGUCAUGUUUAACCGCAAAUUAAACACAUUCAUAAAUUCCUACUCUGAUAUAACCUCCAGUGCCGUCCUUUUUAAUAAUCACGAAAUUGGUUCAGGAGGCGAUGCUCCUUCCAAGCCCCUUAUCAAAUAUUUCGCUGUAGAAGCAGGGAAAAAAGGGCCAGAUGCCCUUUCCCCCUCUAGUAGCACAUCAAACCAUGCGCAGGAAAAUGUGUACCCAUUAGAAGUGGACCCACCCUCCUCCAUUCGUGGUAACCCAAACGGGAUCCUUCUCAAAGGAGAUCUUAAAAUGAAUUGUCAACCGAAUGAAUCGACGGAUCACCCAGGGGGUAGCCAUGCAGAAGUGUUAAAAAACAAUAACAAUUCCUCGCCGAGUGGCUCCAAUACGUUCCUCAAAGAUGCAGACACUACGCGCAGCGGAAGGGACGCCUCCACAUUGUUUCCCAAGCACGACGAACCCAAAAGAGAAACGCCCAUUCAGACGAAUCAGGAAUAUCCCAACGAGGAGGAAGAGGUAUGUACUAAUAAGAAUAGCGAGAUUGAUAUAAAGGGUCCCGGGAAAGAAGUCAAAAUAGUUACCACUGCAAGUAUGCUUACAAGCAGAAGCACGAGCACAGUAGGAUCCACAAAGGGAAUACUGAAAGUACCGGGAAAAACAUCCUACGAAAAUAAAAAUGAAAAAAAUAAUUCCCUUUUAAGCAAUAAACAGAAUUGUGGAAACGUUCCCACUUAUAGUAAAAAUGUUGUUAAAAAGAAUAGAGUGCUUUUUAACCUUAAAAGUGACAAAGGUAGUUAUGCCUCCAUUUUUAACAGCCACACUGUUGCCCAUUCGAAUAACUUGAGCGCGAACAUUGAAGCCAGCGAAAGUGACGAAGAAAAAAUAUGCUGCAAUAGCAUUUGUGAUUCUAUUUGUACCUCCAUUGGAAAUAUGAACAUAAAAAAUGUAUGCACAGAUACACAUAACGAGACGAACCUGUUUAGUUCCGUCCAAUCGCACAUAAGCAAAAUUAAUUCCACCACGGACAAGUCUUUUUACGUUGCCAAUAUAUGUAAUGAUGUCACACCGCUGAAGCACAUCACCUAUAUCGUCACCGAGGUGGGCUUAUACACGAGCGCAAACAGGAACGCAUUAAAGGUGUUUGUUCAGAAUAACCUCUAG